AUGCUGUUCUCCUACGAUCUUUAUGGCAUUCCACCGUCGGGCUUCGACCCAGAACGGUCAUUCGUUCGAUCGCACUUCCUCCCACCUGUCGUCCUGGCGAUCAUCCGCGCUACAAUAGCACUCUACUGCUUCACCACCAUCAUCGUUUGCUACAGCUGGCUGGCCCACAACCAGUCCACGACCAAUCUCCAAGACGUCAACAUCUCGUCCUACACAAUCAUAACUGGCUCCAAUGGCAUCGGUCAAUCUUUCAGCUUCUUCACCUACCUUACCUACUGGUCGCUCGGCUUCUACUUUCUCUUCGCAUCGAUGCACACCUUCCAGUACGCAUACAGACGAACAACAUGGCUGCACGCCUGGCCGCGACCACUACAGCUCCUACAUUCAUUCUACUACAGCACCGUCACUUGCUUUCCAUUCCUCGUCUCUAUCGUCUUCUGGUGCACGAUGUACAGUGGCCCCUGGCCUGAGCACCGCUUCGAACAAUGGAUCAACAUCUCCGUACACGGUCUCAACUCUCUCUUCGCCAUCGUCGAAAUCGUACUCCCUGCCACCGCACCACCGCCCUGGACACACAUCUCGAUAUUGCUCGUUGUGUUGAGCAUGUAUCUAGGGUUAGCAUAUCUGACGCGGUUCACCGGCGGGUUUUACGUGUAUGAGUGGAUGAAUCCAGCGCAUGGGUGGGUCAGUAUCGUUGUGCAUAUCGCUUGUUAUACCGCCGGCAUUCUGUGCAUUUUUGUGCUGGUGCAGGGAGUGAUUAGGCUGAGGAAUAAGUUAGCGGCAAGGGGCAAGGAGUAUGAGGACGGUAAAGAGAUUAUCAGGCUUGCGGAUGGGUCGAAAGUGGACGUUUCGUCAAAGGAGGUCUAUGUGGUCGAUACCUAUUCUGUUCGGGUUGUUUAG